CCAAGAUGUCAGCGCCCAUUGACAAGACUUUCAUUCGCGAAUAUGACAAAAAUGACGGGAAUGUGUUGAAAAUUCAUCAAUCAGAAAUCGGGGACGUUGGUUGUGUUGUGUGGGACGCUGCCCUCGUUCUUUCCAAGUAUCUAGAAAAGCAAAACGAUGAGAAAAAGUUAGAUUUAUCGAGAAAAACAGUCAUUGAGCUCGGUGCUGGUACAGGAGUUGUGUCCCUUGUGGCUGGUAGUCUUGGUGCCAAAGUAACAAUUACAGACCUCCCAGAGUUCUUGCCCUUGAUAAGUUUAAAUAUACAAGAAAAUAAGGCGUUAUUAACUGGAGAGAUCAAAGCAGAAACCUUAAUUUGGGGUCAAGUUUCUGAUGUGAUGAAAAAAACAGAAUGGGAUUUGAUUUUAUUGGCUGAUUGCAUUUAUUAUGAAGAGUCUCUGGAGCCUCUAGUGAGAACUAUGGUAGAGUUAUGUGGCCCUCGGACCACCAUUUUGUGUUGCUAUGAACAGAGAGAUACAGGCAAUAAACCUGAACUGGAAAAACAAUUUUUUGAGCUAGUGAGAAAGAAUUUUGAAGUCAGUAAAAUACCACUGGAAGAUCAAGACAAUGAAAUGUCCAGUGCUGACAUUCAUAUACUAUUGUUUACACAGAGAAUAGUUCACAGCUGACCUGACCUUGUAUUCUCAAAAAGAUCUUAGUGCUAGGAUGUCCUAGAAGCAUGGUCCGCCGUUAGUUUUGAACAUUCAUUCCAUGGGACCACUAAUUACGACACAAUAAGACUUAGCCACCUUUCUUGUGUCACAGAAGUUUGUGAAUCCAGCGAUUUAAUUGGAUUGUACAUUAGUUAAUACAGCCAAUCAUAGUUCCUGAUUACAUGCCCAGCCAAAUUAUUUAUUGACUUUCUGUCAAGAGCUGCUCUCAUUGGCUGUAUUAGCUAAUGUACAGUCCAAUCAAAUGGCUGGAGAUGUUUCUAAUAUUGACCAAACCCGACUGGGAAAGCAGAGCUAUGUGAUUUCAGCCUUUGUCCCUAUUGUCUAGCUAGGAUAAAAACUCUAAAUGAAGUAAACACAUCCAGGUAUAUUUAUUAUGUUGAAAUUGAAAUGUUUAUAAUGUACAAUAUAUUAUUUUAGUAAUAAACCUAACAAAUACUGUAAGCUUCUUUUAGUUGGGUAGGGCCAGUAGUGUCUCCUUGGUGUUGGUUGCUCAAUGGAUGAGUUCUGAAAGAUCUGGAUUCACUCCGCGUGUGCCGAAACAAAUAGUAGGCGUAGACAGAAUUCAAAAUGGUGGAAAAAGAAAUUGAUGGGAAAAAUUUCAAUGUGAGAUAUCCACUUCCGUAUCGUUUGAUUUGACGGAACCUGUUAAGAACUCUCCAUCGAGCGCCACCCUUGUGACACCCUUUCUUUUCUUUUUUAUGUGGGAAAUCAGGCUUGAUCAUGGAUCAACUGGUAGAAAUGUUCCCAAAUAUGUGUGUAAUAAUAUCUUUGUUUUCUAUUCCUGAUGGCUUGCUUUCUCAACAACAUUUAGCAAUUUUAAUGGCGUUCGCUCAACGUAAUCUACAAAACAUAACUAAAGAAAAACAAUAACAAAAUUAAAAGGUAUAGUUCAACAGCACUUUAAAUACAGGUGGUCAUUUACCAUAAAUAUCUUAACUGGAGCGAUAGCUUAGUCAGGAUAGUUCUGGUUAAGGACAGGAAUAAUAACAAGAAGGUAGCACUAACUAGUCUAUGAUGAAUGGGGCAUAAAGGUAAAGGAGGGGGUUAACUGAACUCUGAGAUAUACGAACUACUAUUUGGACCAAGUCAUACGAAAAUUAUCUUUACUCAAAUUUACAUUGAAAAAAAGCCACACAUACGACAAUAUAAAUUGGUGAUUUUUUUACUAACAGGGCUAUCUUUUUUACCCAGUAAAUGUUAUGUAGGUUAGCACCUUUAAAUAUCUAUGUUCUACCCUUGGGCCCUGUUUCUUCAAAAUAAUUACCAUUGUAAUCAUAAGAGUGGCAAAGACUAAGUCCGUACGUAAUAUAUUUUGAGAAACAGGGUCUCUGUUCAAUGAAACUUGUUGAUAUAUAUUUAAUUACAUUUAUAUAUAAAUACAAUUCUACUAAAUUCAAUCUCAUAUUUCACAUAAUACUAUUAACAAUCUAACACAGAGCACGCACUCUUCACUUGAGCUCUCAUAUCUUUAACCUUAUUGUAUAAACCACAGGCCAUCUCAACAACAAUUUUUUAUGGUUCCCUAACAGAUUCACGAUGUCAAAAAAUUGAGAUAAAAUUACCAGCGCAUUGAAAUUCCCUACUUAAUUUGAAUAUGAAAUCAGGACUUAAAAUCUCGAAUCAGAAGGUAGACAAUG